AUGGAACGUCUUUUGCUCUUUUAUCUAGCGCACGGCGGCCGCACAGCGCGCGCAGAGCCCACCGCCCUGGCAGCGGCGCGCGGCGCGGCUCGCGGCUCAGGGCGGGGUGGGCUGCUGCGGGCCGCGGGUCUUCUGGGCCAGGGACCGCCCGCAGCCACCUGCUCCCGCCUGCUGGCUGCGCGGACCUGGCGCCGGUGCGCGGGCGGGGGCUGUGCGCCGCGGGGAUCGGGUGUCCCGCGUGAGCCAGGCGGAGCCGCGCGCAGACCCGCCGGCCGUCGGGGGCGCGGCCGGCCGCCAGAGCCCGCACCUGUCCCGCCGCGGCGGCCCGGCACCCGAGUCGCGCCACGUUCGGCGACAUCGGAGGCAGCGAGGGCACGGAGAACCGGCGGAGGCGAGGCCCGCGACCCGGAGGAAGCCGCGCGCGGCCCGAGGCCUCGGACCCUGAGCCCCACGUUCCACGGCACCAUGGCCCCAAAGCUGCUGUUGCUCCUCUGCCUGUUCUCGGGCUUGCACGCACGAUCCAGAAAGGUGGAAGAGGAUGAAUAUGAAGAUUCUUCAUCAAACCAAAAGUGGGUCUUGGCUCCAAAAUCCCAAGAUACAGAUGUGACUCUUAUUCUCAACAAGUUGCUGAGAGAAUAUGAUAAGAAGCUGAGGCCUGAUAUUGGAAUAAAACCCACCGUAAUUGAUGUUGACAUCUAUGUUAACAGCAUUGGUCCUGUGUCAUCAAUAAACAUGGAAUACCAAAUUGAUAUAUUUUUUGCCCAGACCUGGACCGACAGUCGCCUUCGGUUCAACAGCACAAUGAAAAUACUUACUCUGAACAGCAACAUGGUGGGGUUAAUAUGGAUUCCAGAUACAAUAUUCCGCAAUUCCAAAACUGCAGAGGCUCACUGGAUCACCACCCCUAAUCAGCUCCUCAGAAUUUGGAAUGAUGGGAAAAUCCUUUACACUUUAAGGUUGCCUUCAGACACUGGGUUCUGUGACUGUGUUAAAAAUAAAGCCAAGGAAAAGACGGCCACUCUCUUUUCCCUAGAUGUUAUGAAUCGUGUGCUCACUGGACUGGUUUUUGUUAGUGCAGAGUUUUUUAAGAGUUUAAGGACAUCAGGGUUUCAACCUGAGAACACAGAGAAGUGUACAUUUUUGGCAACUGAUGGGAAAUCCUAUUGGUCCAAUUAUAGUUCAGUUCUCUGUGUUCCAGUGGAGGCAACAAGUACCCCCAAGGAUUUAGAGGACCUCACUGAAAUGUCCUACCUUGAGGAAAGCAUCAGCAUGCUGAUUGUGCUGCCGGCCAAGAUCUUCACCUUCACUCCACUGUUGGUUGACCCCCACAUGAGCAGCAAGACCAGAGACAGCUGAUGUGAGCACCAGAGCAACAGUAUGCAGCUGAUCCUGCCCAGGUUCAUAGCCAUAGCACAAACCGAUUUGAAGGAGCCACUGAUGAUGCUUGAUCCAUUAAAGGCAAAUUUUGCAAAAAUAACAAUGUCGGAAAACCUUCAUGUUUCUCACAUCUUGCAAAAAUCAAAACUUGAAGUCACUGAAGAUGGAACCAGAGAUUCAGCAUCAAUAACUGGAAAUCUAAUCACAAGGUCAUUGCCUCCUUGGUUUAUAGUAGAGAGACCUUUCCUAUCGUUCAUCCAACAUAAUCCUACAAGUGUUGUCUUACUCAGGCAGCAGACAAACAAACCCUGA